AUGAACGGCAACGUCAGCGGAUUCCGAGAAGUCGGCACCAACUUCCACUCGCCGCCGACGUUCCCCCACGCGCCGCAGCAGGGACAUCCGCCCUUCGAGCCGAAGCAAACGCCGGUGCCGGUGCCGGUGCCUGGUCAUCGGCACACGGCUCCUCCGCUUGUCACGUCAGACGUGCCUCAAGCGGCCACGCCGGCACCUCCUCCUCCUGCCAACGGCCAGGACCAGGACCAGGAUACGAAGCUCUUCACGGACGAUUAUGCGAAGCUCUGCGCCGCCAUCAAGGAUUGCGACACAAAGGCCCUCCAGCGCGCCGUCCGUGACAACUAUGAGAAAUGUCUCGUGGGGUCCGAGUACCAUUCGGCUUUCCUUAUGAACGUCGCCAUGCAUGGCGCAGACACCAAGAUCAUUCAGAGAAACCUUCGAGCCUUUGGCUCGAAAAUCAUCUUGGCGGGAAAGCACGAGUUGAUCGAUUGGAUGAGUCAAGCUGAUUUGGACGAGGUCGCUGAUAAGAUCAUCGCCAAGGCCAGCAACACUUUCCUCGACAAGGCCCUCGUGGUUCGCCUGCGCACCAUCGAGGCUCGCCGUCUCGUCAACGCCCUCGCGCGGGCGGAUCGUCUGGGCUACAACGCCGACGACAUUGUCGAGAACGAACAUGUCAUCCCGUCUCUGCAGGGCAACCCUUCUCAGCAACUGCAGCAACAACAGGUCUCCGCCCAGCCUCGAACGUCGAUGCAGUACGCCGCUUCGCCGUCUGGACAUGUUAAUCCGUCCAGCAUGAGGUGCCAGAAAUGCCAACAUGUGUUCUCGGAGCAGGCCGCUUUCGGUUAUCACAUCAGGAAGCAGAUAUGCACAAAGCCGGCGGCACCCUCUGGCUCCGGUGGAGACAGAUACCUCUGUCCUCACUGCGUACAAAAGUUCGGAAGCUUGACUGGCCUGCAGUACCACAUGCUGAACAAGGUGUGCGGCGACUUUGGUGAGGUCCGCAAGGAGCAGAUCUUGGCUACCCCCAAGCAGUCAAACAUGAUCCAGCCGACGGGCAGCCUCAACCCUCCCACCAAACGACCGGCGCCGGACAUGAACCCGACCUAUAUAUCCUCCAGCAGCAACAGCCCGGCGCCGCAACACUUCUCUGUUGCUCCGGCCGCGACGCCGACGCAGACGCAGACGCAGACGCAGACACCCCGCGCGGCCCCGUCGAGCACGCAGACGCCCGGCAGUCUGCAAGACAAGCCCCUCGGCAUGCCAGAGGCCAAGGACAUGACUCACCUGACGACGCAGCAAAUUGAGUCGUUGCGAGAGGAGCUGCGGGUGGCUGAGGAGACGUUCAAGCUCAAGAUCCUCGACACCAACAGACUGGGUGGAGACUCGGCCGAGGUCCAGAAGAAGCUGACGAGCCUGAAGAACUCGUACGCCUGCAAGCAGAGCACGAUCCGCAAGAGGUACGGAAUCAGGCUGCGGAAUCGACGCGGGCGUGAGGAGAUGGAACACGAACGCGUCCGGUUAGGCAUCCAAAAUGGCCUUACUCCCAGGGCGGACCGGGAGGAUACGAACACACCGAGCAGGGACGUCCACGCGGCCAAGCGGGCUCGCAUCAACGAAAACGGCGACGCGACCACGACGACACAGGCCUCGCGGCAGGGCACGCCGAUCGAGACGGUUGGCGUGACGGAGAUGGGCAACGGCCUUUCGGGGUCCAACGCGACGGCGGCGACGGAGGAUCCAACGUUGCGGCUGUCGCAGGCGGCCCCCCGCGCAUCGCAGGGAGAGCACAGCCGGCCGUCGUCGUCAUACCAGCAGGGCAACUAUCGCAUCGAGGUCCACGUGCCAAGCCCGUCCAAGGGGCCGAACGCGAACCUGGACCCGAACGCGAACCUGGACCCGAACGCGAACCCCGCGGCGGCGCCCAACGGCACACCGGGCGGCAAGACGAUCACGGCCGAGCAGUUGCUCCUGCAGCUGCGCGGGACCUCGGGCACCGCGGAAGACGAAGUGGAUAGCUCGUCGGACGAGUCGAGCACCGACGAAGGGGAAUGA